GCUGAGUGAGAAUGUUUUUUUAUGCAUUUUCUUGUAAUGUCAGGACUUUAAAAUAAGUGAGGAACUUUUUCUGGGGGCAAAAGAUUAGGUUUAGGUCUAAGCUCUAAAUACAUCUUGAUCCAUUUAUUUAUUAAAGUCAAAGCUCAGUUAGGGCUCACUUUGUAGAGAAUAGUUUCCUGUCUCUUAUCAGACUAAACACACAGAGAAACGCGGACUUCGAGCAACGUUUCAAGACUGGCAUGUUUUAAAGGGUUUAUCAAAAUAUUAUAACAACAGGAUUAGUCCAAAUAAAAGGCUUCAUCUAGCACAACAUGGCUCGACUGAUGCUCCUGGCUGGAUUGACACUGCUGAUGUGUCUUCAAACUGUUUCUUCCACCAAACUGGUGUGUUACUUUACCAACUGGUCGCAGUACAGACCAGGACUUGGUAAAUAUACUCCUGAAAACGUCGACCCAAACCUCUGCACACACCUGAUCUACGCCUUCUCGAUCAUCAGCCCAUCAAAUGAGCUGUCUACUUCUGAGUGGAACGAUGAGGCUCUGUAUAGAUCCUUCAAUGCCCUUAAAAUCAGAAACCCCCAGCUGAAAACUCUGUUAGCUGUUGGUGGGUGGGUCUUUGGAAAAACACAAUUCACCCUCAUGGUCUCAUCCCAGGCCAACCGUCAGGUGUUCAUCCAGUCGUCCAUCAGAUUUCUGAGACAGCAUGGCUUUGAUGGACUGGAUCUGGACUGGGAGUACCCUGGAUCACAUGGAAGCCCACCCGAGAACAAGAGGAGGUUCACAUUGCUCUGCCAGGAAUUACUUGCUGCCUUUGAGAAGGAGGCCAAGAAGACCAAAAGGCCAAGAUUGCUGCUCACGGCUGCAGUGGCAGCUGGAAAGGGGACUAUUGAUAGCAGCUAUGAGAUUGCUGAGGUGUCAAAGUAUGUAGACUUUUUAAAUGUCAUGACCUAUGACCUCCACGGGUCCUGGGAUCCAUUCACUGGCCACAACAGCCCUCUAUACUCCAGGUCUGCCGAGCGUGGGGAACAGAUCUACUUCAAUGUUGACUUUGCCAUGAGAUACUGGAGAGACCAAGGAGCUCCUACAGAAAAGCUGCUGGUUGGAUUUCCCACAUAUGGGCGCACCUUUCGCAUAUCAUCAGCAGCUACUGGUGUCGGAGCUCCAGCCAGCGGACCGGCUUCAGCUGGACCCUACACCCGAGAAGGAGGAAUUUUGUCUUACUAUGAGAUUUGCACUUUCCUUAAUGGAGCCAGCGCACAUUGGAUUGAUGAACAAAAGGUGCCCUACGCAUUCAAAGGCAAUGAGUGGGUGGGCUUUGACAACAAGCGGAGCUAUGAAAUCAAGGCGCAAUAUGUGAAAGAUAACAACUAUGGUGGAGCAAUUGUCUGGUCUCUGGAUCAGGAUGAUUUUGCUGGCCAAUUUUGUGGUCAGGGAAACUAUCCCCUUACUGGGUAUCUCCGCUCUCUUCUGAAUUCAUCUUCCACACCACACCCUCCUGUGGUGACUCUAGGACCUGCUGUUAUCCCAAACAAGACCGACAUACCUAGAACCACCACACCUGCUAGCCCAAUCGUGGUAAAAGUUACAACGACUGCUGCUUCUGGGAAAAGUUUCUGUAGUGGAAAGUCUGAUGGUAUUUACAAAAAUGACAAAGAUAGAAACACCUUCUAUCAGUGUGCCAAUGGAAGCACAUUUUUGCAGAGAUGUCCUUCUGGUUUGGUUUUUGAUGAGAGAUGCAAAUGCUGCAACUGGCCCUAAAUUUUAAAGGUCACAUUAUCUUGUCGUUGCUAAAGCUGUAUUUUUUGUUGCAUUGUACUUGUAACAUGCAUGCUUAAUGUAAUGUUUGUUAAUUAAAACAAGCAUUUAAAAAUUCUCUCCUUGAAAUAGAAUGCUGUAAUAUGCGUGUAAUUGAUCUGACAUUACCAUAUAACAUAGAAAGGAUUCCUAGAUCAAUGUGUGCAUUUUUGGGGUUAUUUUUUUUUGGCUCUGCUCUUUUUUUCUAUAAACACACAGUAGGUCGAGGCAGAUAACCGCUCACGCUGAGCCUGGUUCUGCUGGAGGUUUUUCUUUUGUGUUAAAGAGGAGUUUUCUUCUCAACUUUCAUUUCAUGCAUGCUCAGUAUGAGGGAUUGCUGCAAAGCCAUCAACAAUGCAGACGACUUUCCACUCUCUACGCUCUUUCAUGAGGAGUGAAUACUUCUUUCACCAUCUGUCUGUAUAAUUUGAUCAAAUUUGACUUUGUAAAGGGCUUUGGGGCUACAUGUGCAGUGAAUUGCUGCUACAUAAAUAAAAUUGAAUUGAAAAUGUUA